AUGGCGUGCGCGCAGUCGUAUGCGAAGAGAGCGCGGCAAACACAACUGCACACACUGUUCCAGAAGAGGCCCUACCAGCAUUCUGUGCCACCUCAAUAUGCGCAUGCACAAGUGAGGGAGAACAUGUGCAGGCCAGACUCGGGAUUUGAUACGUUAACUACACGUGAAUUUUUGACCAUUAAUUUCAAGUCACGAACCAAUUUCUCUCACACAGUUAAUGUACUCGCCAUUGUGAUAUUAUCCAGGGGAAAGUGCGGACUCUCGACCUGCACCACUUCCUAUCUGGCGGCCAUGGCAACAGCGGAUCUCCUGUUUAUUAUCGCCGAGGUCAUGCUAUGGCGGAUCGUUUAUUACUAUUUCCCGGGAUCUUUCAUUUUCAUCACUCCUGUCUGUAGUGUGAUCAAUGUCCUGCGCCGUGUAACCACAGAAUGCUCUGUCUGGUUCACGGUUACUUUCACCUUCGAUCGAUUUGUAGCGAUUUGCUGUCAGAAAUUGAAAGCAACUUAUUGCACUGAGAAAACUGCUCGUGUGGUUCUAGCAACAUCCUCCAUUGCGCUGUGUGUGAAAGACGUCUCCUAUUAUUUCACACAGGAACAUGGAAAGAUAAUUGACAAUGUACCAUGGUUCUGUUAUAUCAAACCGAGCUAUUAUACUGAGCCCGGGUGGGUGAUUUUUGACUGGUUUGAUAAUGUUUUAACUCCAUUGCUUCCAUUCGCUUUCAUUUUGCUACUGAAUACUAUGACGGUGAAACACAUUUUGGUGAGUAGUCGAGUUCGUAAGGGACUAAGAGGACAGAACAACGCACAGAACUGCAGCGACCCAGAGAUAGAAAGCAGGAGGAAGUCCGUGGUUUUACUUUUCUCUAUAUCCGGGAGCUUCAUUCUUCUGUGGUUGGUGCAUGUUAUCGAUUUCCUAUAUUACAAGUUUACAGGAGCAAAUACCAGGGAUUACAGCAAUUCGGAAUUCAUAUUUCAAAGAGUUGGAUUUAUGUUACGAAACUUAAGUUGCUGUACAAACACAUUCAUUUAUACGGCGACUCAGUCCAAAUUCAGACAGCAGCUCAAUAGUGCAGUGAAAUUUCCUGUUACAGCAAUUUUUCAACACUUUAAGAAGUAGCUAAUGAAAGUAAUGCAAAAUUCAGUCUCUGCUUAAAUUCAGAGAUGUAACAACUAAUCCAACGUUCUCAACAAAAACGCGACAAAGACCAGCACAAAUCGAUCAAUAGGGAAUUGCUAGUGCUGUGAACGUUAAAGAGACAGGAAUAUCGUCGUAGAUCCACCAAAAAGAUACGUAGAAAAUGAUAUACUACUAUCUCAUUUCCGCAGCCGCGUGUAAAAUUUCCUGCUGCUAACAUAUUGUUCAGAAAGCAUAAACUACAUCUUGCCAAAGAAAUAUUGUGAAUUCUUUAUUUUUCCUCAU